GAUGUGGAGCAGAUGAGUUCCUCCUCUCCUGUCCUCCCUGUGAACUCCAUGGGCAAUGAGCGGGUGGAUCAGCGAACCUGCCUGAUCUGCGGGGACAGAGCCACGGGGCUGCACUAUGGCAUCAUCUCCUGCGAGGGCUGCAAGGGCUUCUUCAAGAGGAGCAUCUGCAACAAGCGCGUGUACCGCUGCAGCCGCGACAAGAACUGCGUCAUGUCCCGCAAGCAGCGCAACCGCUGCCAGUACUGCCGGCUGCUCAAGUGCCUGCAGAUGGGCAUGAACCGCAAAGCAAUCAGGGAGGAUGGCAUGCCAGGAGGCAGAAACAAAAGCAUCGGACCUGUCCAGAUAUCAGAGGAAGAGAUUGAAAGAAUUAUGUCUGGGCAAGAAUUUGAGGGAGAGGCAAACAUGUCAUGGAGCAACAAUGGAGACAGUGACCACAGUUCCCCUGGAAAUGGAGUUUCUGAGAGCAACCAGCCUUCACCUGUUUCUACUCCAUCUUCAAGUAGGUCCGUGGAGCUGAACGGGUUCGCUGCACUCAGGGAUCAGUACCUGGGCACGCCGGUGUCCACGCACUACCAGUACCUGCCGCACCUUUUUGGCUACUCCUCGGCGCCGUCGGCGCUGCUGGCGCCGCCGCGCAGCCUGGAGCCGCCGUCGCACGGGCUGGUCAGCCAGCUGCUGUGCGCCGAGGACCUGCAGCCCCUCGGCACCCCCAUGCUCAUCGAGGACGGGUAUAAAGUGACUCAGGCAGAGCUGUUUGCGUUGCUGUGUCGUCUGGCGGAUGAAUUGCUUUUCAGGCAGAUUGCUUGGAUCAAGAAGCUGCCGUUCUUCUGCGAACUCUCCAUCAAGGACUAUACCUGCCUGCUCAGCUCCACGUGGCAGGAGCUGAUCCUGCUCUCCUCGCUGACUGUUUACAGCAAGCAGAUCUUUGGUGACCUUGCAGAUGUCACCUCCAAGUACUCUCCCUCUGACGACGAGCUGCACAGGUUCAGUGAAGAGGGGAUGGAGGUGAUGGAGCGGCUGAUCUACCUCUUUCGCAAAUUCAACCAGCUGAAGGUCAGCAACGAGGAGUACGCGUGCAUGAAAGCCAUCAACUUCCUAAACCAAGAUAUCAGGGGUCUGAGCAACGCCUCGCAGCUGGAGCAGCUGAACAAGCGGUACUGGUACGUGUGCCAGGACUUCACGGAGUACAAAUACCCCCACCAGCCAAACCGCUUCCCAGACCUAAUGAUGUGUUUGCCAGAGAUUCGCUAUAUUGCAGGAAAAAUGGUGAAUGUCCCCCUGGAGCAGCUGCCUCUCCUGUUUAAGGCUGUUCUACAUUCCUGCAAGACGAGUGUGAGCAAGGAGUGAGCAGCUGGCCCCGGCCGGUGCCUUACGCUGAGCCUCGGGCCAGGAGAGGGGCAAACACAUCCAGGCAGGAGACAGGGCAGGGGGCCUCCCUGCCCUUGUAGCAAGAAUCUUUUUUUUGUUUGUUUGUUUUGGUUUUUUUUACUCUUUUUCCUAUAUAUUUAUUUCACGACAGAGUUGAAUGUAUGAUCUUCAACACGAUGCACAUGGUUCUGUAAGAAUGCAGCAGAUGCAUUCUCCAGCGGUUUACAGAAUGUGAAGAUGUUUAAUGUUACAGUGUUUGUUAGGGUUAGUUCUUUUAUAUUUGGGGCUGGGGACCGAGAUGACUAAGACUACCUCAAGGAGAAGAUGCUGUUCUCGCACUGCUCUUUCCAUGAUUUGCAUCCAAAGCAUUUGUCAUAGAGAGCAAACGUCGACAGAGCUGUUAUAUCCCAAAGGGACGACUUUGGAGAAGUGGGUGCUAGAGAAGUGCCAAGCUUUUUCUUUAAUUUUAAAAAGGCAGGGGGUGGAGAAGUCUGUCUAAGCAGUUGGUUUCUUUUCCCCUGGCAGUUUCCAGAUGCAGGUUUCCAGUGGGAUGGCAGUGCUCUGAGGGGCUCCCUGGCCCUGUCCUGUCUGGGGAGCUGCAGGUGGGCUCUGCCCCAGCCCCUCCUGGCCAGCUGCCC